GAGGGAAAGAGAAUUUGCUUGACUGAGGGAACCAGAGCUCUGCUGACCUAACUGGACUUGUCCAUAUUGCUCUCUGCUUUUUUUUAAUUUUAUUUCCUUUUUCUUUUUUUUUUUUCUUUUUUCUGGCUAACCCACAUGUGCCCCUAUAGAAUUUUAGCAUGCAGCUCUGGGAUCAAAUAGACUGAAUUAGCAAAGUUAAACUCUUCCUGGGAUUUCUGCUCCUGGAUUGGGAGGAGUUCUUCUACAUGUUUGGAGGAUAGAAGGCUGGAAUGGAAUUCCCUUCUACCUUGCAUCCUUUGGUGUUUUUUCCUCCUGCCUUCGUCUUCUCUCUUACACUUUUACUGCAGACAUCCAGUGUUGUGCAGACAAAGGCAGCUUGCUGCUGUGCCUUUUUUUUGUUCAUGGAGAAUAAGGGUGGACAGGGAGGUCCUCAUCUCUUUUAAUUCAUCUAGUUUUGCGAAAGGAAGAUGACAGUCUGAGAAAUUACCUGCAGAUUUUCUUUCUUUUUUUUUUUUACCUCAUCAGAGUGUAAACUUGGACUUUUGGAUUACUGCUAUUUUCAGAUUUGCCACAGAUCUUCUUUGUAGAAAGUGCUACCUGUAGCGCUGAAUUUACCUUAUCUUUGACAUUUUUCUCAAUCAUACUCACAUCUAAUCCACAUUGCUUCUGGUGGAGGCCGUGGUGGUGAAGCCGGGGUAGGCAUGGCGCAGCAGGGAGGCACAGGGGUGGCCCACCAGGACACCCUGGCAGUGCCCCCUAUGCCCAAACACUCCGGCCUGAAUGAAGACCUGGUGAAGAUCCUACGGGAGAAUCUGCUGCAACCAGAGAGGCCGCGGGGACACCGGCGCUCACCGUCCUCCAUCUCCCCGCGCCUCUCUCCCCGCAACUCGCCAAGACUGCUGCGACGCAUGUUGCUCAACAAUAACAUUCACAAGCAGAGGCGCUUCACUGUCGCUCAUACAUGUUUUGAUGUGGACAAUGGCACAGCAUCAGGUCGAAGCCCCCUGGACCCGAUGGCCAGCCCAGGAUCAGGCCUCAUCCUGCAGGCCAACUUUGUCCACAGCCAGCGUAGAGAGUCCUUUCUCUACCGCUCUGACAGUGACUAUGACCUCUCACCUAAGUCCAUGUCCCGAAACUCCUCCAUUGCCAGUGACAUUCAUGGUGACGAUAUGAUUGUAACGCCAUUUGCACAGGUUCUUGCAAGCUUGAGAACUGUACGAAACAACUUUGGUGCAUUGACUAAUUUACAACAAGACAGAGCAUCUAAUAAGAGAUCACCCAUGUGUAACCCACCCCCCAUCACUAAGACCACCUUUACAGAGGAGGCCUAUCAGAAAUUGGCCACCGAGACCCUGGAGGAGCUGGACUGGUGCCUGGACCAGCUGGAGACGCUGCAGACAAGACACUCUGUCAGCGAGAUGGCCUCAAACAAGUUUAAGAGGAUGUUGAAUAGGGAGCUGACUCACCUAUCCGAGAUGAGCCGCUCUGGGAACCAAGUGUCUGAGUUCAUCUCCAGCACGUUCCUUGACAAGCAACAUGAGGUGGAGAUGCCGUCCCCACAGACGCAGAAGGAGAAGGAGAAGAAGAACAAGCCCAUGUCUCAGAUCAGCGGAGUGAAAAAGCUGCAACACUCCUCCAGCCUCACAAACUCCAACAUCCCUCGUUUCGGCGUCAAGACGGAGACUGAGGAUGAGCUGGCAAAGGAGCUGGAGCAUGUGAAUAAAUGGGGCCUUAAUGUUUUUAAAAUCUCAGAAUUCUCUGGGAAUCGGCCACUGACAGUCAUGAUGUACACAAUAUUUCAAGAGAGAGACUUGUUAAAAACCUUCAAAAUUCCACUCGACACCUUUAUAACAUACCUGAUGACCUUAGAAGACCAUUAUCAUGCCGAUGUGGCCUACCAUAACAACAUCCAUGCUGCUGACGUCACCCAGUCAACUCACGUGCUGCUAUCCACCCCUGCCCUUGAGGCUGUGUUCACAGACCUUGAGAUCCUUGCUGCCAUCUUUGCCAGUGCAAUUCAUGAUGUGGACCAUCCUGGAGUCUCAAAUCAGUUUCUCAUCAACACCAAUUCAGAGUUAGCCCUGAUGUACAACGACUCAUCCGUGUUGGAGAACCACCACUUAGCAGUUGGUUUCAAGCUACUGCAAGAGGAGAACUGUGACAUCUUCCAAAACUUGACCAAAAAACAGCGACAAUCACUGCGAAAGAUGGUUAUUGACAUCGUGCUAGCAACAGACAUGUCCAAACACAUGAAUCUGCUGGCUGACCUGAAGACCAUGGUAGAAACGAAGAAAGUGACCAGCUCUGGUGUGUUGCUGCUGGACAAUUACUCAGACAGGAUACAGGUUCUGCAGAAUAUGGUCCACUGUGCAGAUCUGAGCAACCCCACCAAGCCUCUUCAGCUAUACCGACAGUGGACGGACCGCAUCAUGGAGGAGUUCUUCAGCCAAGGGGACAGAGAAAGGGAAAGGGGAAUGGAGAUCAGCCCCAUGUGUGACAAACACAAUGCCUCAGUAGAAAAGAGCCAGGUUGGGUUCAUAGACUAUAUCGUCCACCCCUUGUGGGAGACGUGGGCUGACCUUGUCCAUCCAGACGCUCAAGACAUCCUGGACACGUUAGAGGACAACAGAGAGUGGUACCAAAGCACUAUACCCCAAAGUCCUUCUCCAGCUUUAGAUGAGCCGGAGGACGGCACUCGACCACCUGGAGCGGACAAGUUUCAGUUUGAGCUGACCCUAGAGGAGGACGGGGAGUCCGACACUGAAAAGGACAGUGGCAGCCAGCCAGAGGAGGACGACGACGACGACGAUGAAGAGGAGGAGGAGGAGGAGAACAGCUGUACUGACUCAAAAACACUCUGUACACAGGACUCUGAAUCGACAGAGAUACCUUUGGACGAACAGGUGGGGGAGGACGAUGACGAUGAGGAAGGGGAUGUGGAAGAGGAGGGGGACACACCUUGCUCAGAGCUGCGUGUGGCAGAUGAAGAGGCAGCAGACGAGGAAGAGGAGGAGAAAUCUCCUGACACAUAGCAGUUAUGGACAGCCUUUCAAUAACUGCUCCUCUUAGUAAUGACAGAUUAUUAUUUAUAGAAUAUUUUUUUGAGUUUUGUGAAAGCCGUUUUUUAUACGUCUGUGUUUCCAAAGCGUGCGCUGCUCCACACCCCGAGUUCCUCUCCUUGUCAGCUUUAUUUAGACACGCCCAUUGGUACUUCAAGUUUUUUUGCACUCAGGAAAAUCUCCCUUUCAUUCCCAUGUGUACUGAAGUGGUGUGUCUUUACUUCACCUCCCUUUUACAGUCUUGAGUUAAAGAUGCGGAUGGCCCGCUCAGUGCUGCUCAUACAUCGCAUCUAUUUCUGUCUUUUUGCUUUUGUCUCAGCCUGGUCUGAAAGUUUGCCUGUGUCUUUAGGAUUUAUGAAGUGCCAAUAACUCCAAAGAGUCAGUUAUUGGUGACGCUCCUUCUUUUUUUGGUGUAUUUUUCUGGUGGGUUAGCUCAUGUUCUCCCCUCUUCCAUGAUGAAUUAGAAAGCAUGUUUUGCUGAAAACCGGACUGGUUGCUGCAGCACAUUCGGGAGCUUUUUUAAACCACAUCUACGAUGUGGAAGUCUUCCUUCAUAACCUGACUUAGCUUAAAUCUAAACCGCCAUGACACUGUCCUAAACCUCUAGUUUCUAUUGGUAUUGUAAGUAAGAUUCAAUUAUUUUCUAGAAUUAAAUUUGCAAACAGAGAAGUAGGGGAACCUUGUAGAGAAGUCGAGGGAGAAAUGUGUCUGAUGCUGAGCUUUUUGAUGGCUGUUAGGGCUGUUUGCACUUUCUCCAAUAGCAUUUAUUCCCCUAAACCACUAUACUUGUAGUCAGUUGGUUAUGUCUUAAAAACUAUGUUUUCUUUCUAGCUACUAUUAUUACAGACAACAUUUUCUCCUAGAAGAAAGCAGAAACCUGAGGUCUUAUGCUUUGCUUCUCUUGGGAAUAGUUUAUAACCUGGAGGAAGCCCUUAAAUGUUUUUUUUAUUAUUGUUGCCUGUAGUUCUUUUGAACACAUCCUGAGACAAUGCAAUGCUUUGUAGUUAAUACAAAACGCACCUUUCUAAAGGUUUGAAUAUUGCUCCAAGUGUUUAGAAAAAGUGAUGGUGAUUAAAAUGAGUAGGGUAAUUUUUAACAAUGUUAGGAGAGCUUAGUUUUAUUUUCUUAGCUGUUUGGUUUGGUUUAUACGUCUGCAGCUGCUGUUUAACUUUCUGUGAUACAUUUACCAUCUGAUUCUUGCAAUUGACUCUAGUUUACUGUCUUCGUUUUCAGCAGGACAAUCAGCUCCAUAGUAUAGUUAGAAGAAAGUUCUAUUCUCUACAUUUAUACAGGUGCAUCUCAGUAAAUAUCUGUAUUAAUAAACGUUAAUUCAUUCAGCAAUUCAAGUCAAAAACUCUGUUCAAAAAUUUUAUCAGAGUAAUAUAUUGUUUUACAUAUUUAUUUCGCCUAAUUUUGUUGGUUAUGGCUUUUAGCAGAACACCCAAAAAAAGCUACUCAAACAAUCAGCAUUUAAUAGAAUCUGGAUUAAUGCUACAAAAGUGUUUGUUCUACGUGAUUAUAGAGAAGACUGUUGAUGUGAAUGACACUGUCCUAUUUGGUAAACUGCAAAUAGUCAUUGCUAAAGCCAUUGGUUCAUCUCAGAUGGCUGUUUCCGGGCAUAUUUAUGGAAAGUAAUCAGCAAAAUUAGCUUAUAUUUACCUAUCUUACUUUUUGAUAUUGAUUUGAAUUGAAUUACUGAAUUGUAUAAUCUUUUUUUAAUCCAGUUUUUAAUUUUCUGAGUUGCACUGGUAUUCAAAUGCACUAAUACAUUCAAAUCCUAUCUCUUUAAUAUUUUUGACCCAUUCAAACACUGACUCAUUGUUAAAUGCAAGCAUAAACAUCACUGUCUCUUUUCUUCUUUCUUACAUUUUUUUAAAUUAUUCUAAGCCGAAGCAGUUAUUUAUUGUUAUAUAUUUUUCUAUUUGUUGAAUUGGAAAUCUAGAAGUGGUACAGUUUCUCUGUAGCAUAGAUAACUCAAGCUUUCCAGUUAUUACACCCAAAUACACUUUUUGUUUCCCCUUGUAUAGACAAUAUUUUAGAAAAUAUAAACUAAAGAAAAGACAAAAGGUUCAAAAAACACUUGAAAUACUGCACACUGCUUUUUCAAAGAUGCUUUUGUUUUACUUAUAUGCCAUUCAAAGAAAUUAUUUAACUUUUUAUUUGGUGCCAUUAUUUGUUUUAUAUUGUUCUUUUUUUCAUCCUCACCUGAUGCCCUUACCUGUAAUAAGAUCUUCUGGUUUAUUGCUGUUUACAAACAUAUAUUUAUUGUGCUGUAUAUAAAAUAUAAUUAUUAAUGUUCUUACUAUCAUAAUGCAUUUUGCUGUAAAUGGUUAAUUCUUAUCAUCCCUUUUGGUGAUGGCGUGGCCGUAUUAUGUACCUCUUGUUGAGAGAAUGUUUAUUAACACGAGCUUUGGUGUAAAACAAAAGAAAAAAGAAAACGCUCGAUCGACUCAUCGCUCAUGUGAGAACCAGCUCAGAGGGGGGGAGGGGAGAAAAGGAGUGAGAGGGGAAAGCCAAAUUGUGUUUUUUUUUUAAGAAGCUGUUCCUUGGACCAUGGGCUGUGCCUUAAAUUAAACACAUCCUUUAUUUUUUAGCCUUUUGUUUUUCCUUUAAUUCCCCAGUUCUCCUUUGCUGCAUUUGGUGAAUCUCUUGGCUUUGUUUGGAAUGAUGACUUGUAGGGAAAAGUUGCCUUUUUUUCAUUAGUCACAGAUGGGGGGGGGGACAAAAGUUUGUCAAUGAUGUUCAGGUCAACCACAAGUCAUUCAUCCACAGCGUGAGUGAUUGUGGCCUGUUGAUGGAUGUCAAAGCCUCAUAUUUCGCUGUAGACCUGGUCUGAACAGCUUACACUGUACUCUGCCUCUACACUGACAGACACGAAGCUGUCGAAUGAUUUCUGAUUGGAUCACAGCUUUAUAUACAAGUAAAUCCUUGAAUGGCUACAGCAGUGUGCAGUUGGUGCUCGACUACGGCCAUACCAAGCACAGAGGCUUUGGGACACAUCUGCUUGUUCAGCCAAUGCUGCAUUAAUUCUGGCUGAAAUACUUGACGGUGUGUUGCUGGUCCAUGCUCUGGCCACACUUCCACUCAAGUUACCUGCAAUAUCCAGAACCACUGACAUGUUUCUGCUUGGGCAGAAGAGGGGUUAGGGACUGGGUGGGGGGAACUGCAUCGUUAUCCUGAAAGCAGGACGCUUAUUUUGACACACAUACUGUAGAUUUUAAACAGCCCUGGACCAAUGGAAAUAGUGGGUUCUUUUCUCAUUAUGUGUUCUAUUUUUUUAUGGAGUGCAAAGAAAACACAAACUGUAACUUCCGAAAACAAAAAAAACGGUCUUAAGGACAAUUAUUUUUUUGGGUUAUGUCUUUAGAAUGCCAACUUGUCUGGACGUUUCACAGGACAAUUAAAAUGUUAUUUUAAUGGAUUCCUUGUUAAUCGCAGUCUAUUGGAUAGCACUGUAGAACAUACUUUAUCUACAAAACAAAAAAAAGAAUGAAAAAAGUUUUUAUAUGCAAUGGAAUAAAUAAAAGCAUGGGUUGAU